UCAGAUAUAGCAGGCAGUCCAGUGAGAAGAGGCUGGGAAGACAGAAGAUUGUUUUGGUGUGACAUGUGGUGUCUGUUAAGGAGAAAUUAUUUUAAUAUUUAAAGAGUUAUUUUCUCUUGAAAUCACUCACUGUUUUUAAAACAAACUGGAAAGAAUCAUUGCUAGGAAAAGACAAGCGCUGCCCCUACGAUACAAACGACGGCGAGUGAGUCCUGAUUUUCUUCUUCUGAGGGAGGGAGCUACCUCUGUCAUGUCACAGACAGACCUCUGUUGGUGUCAAGGCGGGUAGAUCUAAAGAGCUUUGUCUGAACUCUAGGAAACGCUUUGUUUUGGCUUGUUGUCGGCAACAAACUUACCUUUGGGCAAUGCGAAAGAAUCUCAUCGGAUUGACAGCUGUUAAACUCGCUCUGCUUUGCCAUCGAACGUUAGCUAACACUUGACAAAGAGCCUUAUGUCUUAUGCCUGUGAAUGCACUGAGAACACAUGAAAUAACGUUUUGAUAUUUUAGUUAAGUUCGUUACCGAUCAAAAGGCACGUAUAUCUUUUGGAAAUAUUGACUGCUUGUCGUCUGUCGGUGUAUUUUUGUGUGCACAAAGAUUUAUCUGGCAAAGACAUCAGGAUUUCAAAAUCAGCCAGUCUGCCUGCCUUGGGUUGAGUGCAUUUGAAACUAGACCAGCCAACGAUAGUAGUUCAAACGAUUGUAUGAUAGUUGCAGAAGCUACGAUAAACAACGUGAUCUGUUGACAAAUAGUAGUUUAAUUCAUUUUUUGGUUGUGUUUAGUGUGAGGGAUGGUUACGAAUUUCCUUGACUGUACGGUGAAGCGUCUCCCUCUGUUAAGGUGGUUUAACAAACACGGAAUAUUUACCAAGGACAUCUUUGUCUGUCGAUAGAAUCGUUAUCAGAAUAAUAGGAUAUUGUUUUAUUUUUACUGGAAGGAUGAUUAAGUCAGUUUAUACACAAUACCCUCAGUAGUCUGCAGUGGUGGUCUAUUUGUAAACCUCUGCAGCAGCAGUUCCACCUUAAAAAAAUGAUGUCAGAGCUCAUGCGGUUUGCAUUUACGUCAACAACAUACAAAAGCUCAAACUGAAGGUGUAUUCAUUUUUCAUAUGCCCCGCACGAUUUUGAUGCUGUAUAGUCCGCCUAGAGAGAAACCGAAAUCGGCCACGACCAUUUUUUCUCCGGGAGCCAAACAAAAAGAAGACGUUGGAGACUCAAAGAACAUCUGUGCCCAUCCGUUGCCGAGAGUGAGGCCGAGGCCCGGGCAGCCCACGGAGAGCAGCGCCAUGAUGGAGGGCGGCAUGCAGCUGCUAAACCGCGACGGCCACAGCAUCUCCCACAACUCCAAGCGCCACUACCAUGACUCGUUCGUUUCCAUGAACCGCAUGCGGCAGCGCGGCCUGCUCUGCGACAUCGUGCUGCACGUGGCCAGCAAGGAGAUCAAGGCGCAUAAGGUGGUGCUGGCCUCCUGCAGCCCCUACUUCCAUGCCAUGUUUACCAAUGAGAUGUCGGAGAGUCGGCAGACCCACGUCACCCUCCACGACAUCGAUCCCCAGGCUCUGGAGCAGCUGGUGCAGUACGCCUACACGGCUGAGAUUGUGGUGGGGGAGGGCAACGUGCAGACGCUGCUCCCGGCCGCCAGCCUCCUGCAGCUGAAUGGUGUGCGGGACGCCUGCUGUAAGUUCCUCCUGAGCCAGCUGGACCCCUCCAACUGCCUGGGCAUCAGGGGCUUCGCCGACACGCACUCCUGCAGCGACCUGCUCAAGUCCGCCCACAAGUACGUGUUGCAGCACUUCGUGGAGGUGUCCAAGACCGAGGAGUUCAUGCUGCUGCCCCUCAAACAGGUGCUGGACCUGAUCUCCAGUGACAACCUGAACGUCCCGUCGGAGGAGGAGGUGUACCGGGCAGUGCUCAGUUGGGUGAAGCACGACAUUGACAGCCGACGGCAGCACGUCCCUCGGCUGAUGAAGUGUGUGCGUUUACCUCUGCUGACGCGGGACUUCCUGAUGAGUAACGUGGACACAGAGCUGCUGGUGCGCCACCACUCGGAGUGUAAGGACCUGCUCAUCGAGGCGCUCAAGUACCACCUGAUGCCCGAGCAGAGGGGCGUGCUGAGCAACAGCCGCACGCGCCCACGACGCUGCGAGGGGGCCAGCCCUGUGCUCUUCGCCGUGGGCGGGGGCAGUCUGUUCGCUAUCCACGGAGAUUGUGAGGCCUACGACACCAGGACUGACCGCUGGCAUAUGGUGGCGUCCAUGUCCACAAGGCGGGCACGGGUUGGUGUGGCGGCUAUCGGGAACAAACUCUACGCGGUGGGAGGGUACGACGGAACCUCUGACUUGGCAACUGUUGAGUCAUACGAUCCGGUAACCAAUGCCUGGCAGCCGGAGGUUUCCAUGGGGACCCGGCGCAGUUGCCUGGGCGUGGCAGUGCUGCACGGGCUGCUGUACGCGGCUGGGGGCUACGACGGGGCCUCCUGCCUCAACAGUGCUGAGCGGUACGACCCUCUGACCAGCACGUGGACAUCCAUCGCUGCCAUGAGCACCCGCAGGAGAUAUGUCCGAGUGGCUAUCUUAGAUGGCAGUCUGUAUGCUGUUGGUGGUUAUGAUAGCUCCUCGCAUCUAGCUACAGUGGAGAAGUAUGACCCUCAGAGUAACACCUGGACCGCCAUCGCCAACAUGCUGAGUCGCCGCAGCAGCGCUGGGGUUGCCGUGCUGGAGGGGAUGCUCUACGUCGCCGGGGGUAAUGACGGUACUAGCUGCCUGAACUCGGUGGAGCGCUACAACCCCAAGACCAACACGUGGGAGGGCGUGGCGCCUAUGAACAUCCGCAGGAGCACGCACGACCUAGUGACCAUGGACGGUUGGCUGUACGCGGUGGGGGGCAACGACGGCAGCUCCAGCCUCAACUCCAUCGAGAAGUACAACCCGCGCAGCAACAAGUGGGUGGCGGCCUCCUGCAUGUUCACGCGGCGGAGCAGCGUGGGCGUGGCCGUGCUGGAGCUGCUCAACUUCCCGCCGCCGUCCUCGCCCACGCUCUCCGUCUCCUCCACCAGCCUCUGACAACGAGUCAAGACCCGGCUGACCACCCCCAGUCUGCCCUGCGUGGCCAAGCGACGCAACUGCUCCGUCUGAAGAGGGGUGGUGGUGGUUGUGGUCGUCCACCACCCUUGUCCAUCGAGUGGUCCUCACACCUUUCUACGUAAGCAGGGGGAAGCCAACCUGUUCAAAGCUCAACCUCAACACCUUCUGUCUGUCGAUGGUUGGUAGAAGCAUUCCUGGGAGAGGGAGAGGUAACGAUAAAAGAACAAAAAAAAAAUCACAAAAAAAAGAGAAAAAUAUCAUAAUAACUUAAAAUGUACUAAAUUAAAAACCCCUUACUGCCUUGAGAAUUAACCUCACAGACCCUCCCACUCCUGUCUACUUCCUCUUCCCUCUGCCUCGUACCUUGCGCUUCAGCGUGCAGUGCAACGAUACGGUCACUUCAUUUGCGGUCACUUUAAAAAGUGUUAUGUCUUGUGGAUUUGUAUUUUGUUUUACCCACUUCUGUGUUAGUUCUGUGUCUAAUUUAAAAAAAAAAGAUAUCAUGAUAUUGCAAUAAUAUAUAACGCGAUGAAUGAAUGAUUUCACCUAGGAAUGUCGCUAUAGGCCGGAUCUGCCACGCAUGUUUUCUGAGAUUCCUUUCUGGGCAGAAAUUUCAAACGUGAGGGGAAAAAAUUGUGUAGUGCUACCAUGCCACACUAGGUGGCAGAGAUGUGCAAUGUUUCCCACUCUCGAUGCAGACAUGCAUGGACACUAGGAGGCAAAAUCUAUGCCUCCACACUAAACUAAACGGUUCACAGAGGCUGAAAGGUUUUGAUUUUUUAUUUUACUGUACUUGUAUUUUCUUAUUGGUGACGUGAAAAAUCGAUAGGAAAAAAAAGAAUUUUAAAGAUACGACUCGGAGGUUCAGGUUGACCACUGCUGCCCUUUUGAAGGAAGCCAUAUAGUUUGUUUCAUUAGCUGUAGUGUUCAGUAAUGAGCCAUCGAGAGAUUAAUCAUGGAUGUGAUCAGACCUUUUUUCCAUAAUCCGUUACGAAACGUGGUCGUAACGUGGUCAUAACAUUUAGUCCGAGACUUCUCUUCUGAAAUCUCUGACUCAUUGAUAUUCUUUUAAGUUGUGAAAAAAAUGGUUUGCAGUGUCCACAGGUACAGAAUGGGUGUCUUAACUAACCCAUUGGAUGACUUCACAUCACUCUGUGGAAAAAGAGAAACCUCCUGCCUUGUAGUCACACACAGCUUAAGUGCUGACCUAACAGUGUACUGUCUUUUAUGGGGCAUACCUCAGCCAAACCACGCACAGGGCUUGGCAAGGAGCAUGUUGAGUCGCACGUUUCCUUCAGUGUGUACUCUUUUAAGCUUGCCUCUGUGCACAUUGUAAGCUCUACAGAGUCAGUGGCCCCAAUUGUCCUUGAUUGUCAACGCAUUACAUGCAGAGCUGUUUAUUUCUCUGAGGAAAAGUGUACAUGAAAACGAGAGUUUUGAAUGUUUUUAUGUUUUUCUUUUUGUUUUUUUUUUUUCAACAAGUUCAGUGUGGAGUGCUUUGGGAGAACUAGCAGGGCAGUGGCGUUGUUAUGCCACUGGAUACGUCAGGUUAAAACGCACAGGUCCGUCAGAGCUGAAUUUAUCAGUGAAGGAGUUUCUUCACACGGUUAGUGUUGUGUAGUGUCAAUAAAACAAUGUAGCAUAAUACAGCACGAUUGCAAACUUCUAAGAAGUUACAAGUCUUUUUUCCUUUUUUUGAAGGAUUUUUGUUAAUGUAAACUCAACCAACUACAGGUCAGUAGAGAAAGGCUACAUACAUAUGAAAGUGUGGAAGGUUCCAGAAAUAUUUAUAGCAUUUAUGGGUCUUGUUCACCAUGAGAUCAACAACAACAGUGAACAUAAACUGUAAUAAGACUCAAUACUACAGCCUUUCCAAAAUGAAAAUGCAGAAAGACAACAAAAAGAACUAUGUACAUAACCAAAUACCUAUAAAACCUGACUCAAAAUUUUUGUGCAAUGUUGAAGAAGUAAAAGUGAGCUUCAUUUCUGUUGAAAAGAAUUGUUGUUUAAAUGUCUUGUGGUGUAUUGUUUAUUUAUAUUGUGAUGUUAUGUUUGUUAUAUUUAUGAAGAAACUGAAAAAAAUAUAAAUGAUUUUUUGCACUAUUGUUAAAUGGAGCAAUACACUGCUGUAUAAUAAUUAUAAAAGGAAAAGAAUAAAUCCUAUUCCAGGUGAGACAUCAA